UUUUUAAAUCUGACACCAUCAUUAUUCAUCGCCUCGACGUUUCACUUGGAGUUACUAUGGUUCACGCCCUGUUCCUAGGUAACAUGUAGUCAUCCGCGAAGCAGACGACAGCGUGUAUCGAUAUAAAACCCCGAUAGCCACCGAUCAUUCCACUACUUGGUCUCACCAGAACUCCUUGAUUGUUUGGCCGUGAGAGUUCUCUCAACAAUUUUCAAAAUUUUCUCUUAUAUGAGCAGCUCUUGAAUCACUGAUACAUCGAAUAAGCCAAGAUUUGCUUCGGAAAAAGGGAAAGAAGUGCUUUUGAAUGAAAGAGUGAAUGAUUUUGGAGUAAAGCAAAAUAAGUUGAUGUUAUCACUGCUUCGUCGUCAACUUGACACCACUUCUUAGAAUAGAUCCGUUUCAUCGAAAAACCUCAAAAUGCGUGAAUGUCUAUCCCUUCAUCUCGGCCAAGCCGGAGUCCAGAUGGGCAAUGCUUGUUGGGAGUUGUUUUGUCUCGAGCACGGCAUCCAGCCUGAUGGUCAGAUGCCCUCAGACAAGACCAUCGGAGGUGGUGAUGACUCCUUCAACACCUUCUUCAGUGAGACUGGAGCCGGCAAACAUAUACCAAGAGCAGUUUAUGUGGAUCUAGAGCCUACAGUCAUUGAUGAAGUUCGAACCGGUACUUACCGUCAACUUUUCGGUCCCGAACAACUCAUAACCGGUAAGGAGGAUGCUGCCAACAACUACGCCCGUGGUCAUUACACGGUCGGCAAGGAGAUCAUUGACCUCGUCCUCGACAGGGUUAGGAAGCUGGCCGAUCUGUGUUCUGGACUCCAGGGGUUCUUGGUCUUUCAUAGUUUCGGUGGAGGCACGGGAUCAGGUUUCACAUCGCUUCUCAUGGAACGACUUUCAAUCGACUACGGCAAGAAAUGCAAGCUCGAGUUCGCCAUCUACCCCGCACCUCAGAUCUCAACUGCCGUGGUGGAACCUUACAACUCAAUCUUAACAACCCAUACCACACUGGAACACUCCGACUGCGCCUUCAUGGUCGACAACGAGGCCAUCUACGAUAUCUGCCGUCGAAACCUUGACAUCGAGCGUCCGACGUACACGAAUCUCAACCGCCUGAUCGGACAGAUUGUAUCUUCGAUUACGGCGUCGUUACGCUUCGAUGGCUCUUUAAACGUCGACCUGACGGAGUUCCAGACCAAUCUGGUGCCCUAUCCUCGUAUCCACUUUCCCCAAGUUAUCUACGCCCCGGUUGUUUCGGCUGAGAAGGCAUAUCAUGAGCAACUAAGCGUUUCAGAGAUCACCAACUCGUGCUUUGAGCCAGCCAACCAGCUAGUCAAGUGUGAUCCUCGUCAUGGGAAGUACAUGGCCUGCUGUCUCCUGUACCGUGGUGAUGUCGUCCCCAAGGAUGUCAACGCCGCAAUUGCUAGCAUCAAGACCAAGCGCACCAUCCAGUUUGUCGACUGGUGUCCAACUGGCUUCAAGGUCGGUAUCAACUACCAGCCACCCACUGUCGUCCCUGGCGGCGACCUUGCUAAAGUUCAACGCGCCGUCUGCAUGUUGAGCAACAACACAGCCAUUGCCGAGGCAUGGGCUCGUCUCGACCACAAGUUCGAUCUGAUGUACGCCAAGCGUGCUUUCGUCCAUUGGUACGUCGGAGAGGGUAUGGAGGAAGGAGAGUUCUCCGAGGCUCGUGAGGAUUUGGCUGCUCUCGAGAAGGACUACGAAGAAGUUGGUGUUGACUCGGUCGAUGGUGAAGAGGAGGCCGAAGAAGAUGAUGAAUAUUAAAUAACAAAAACUUUUCUCUCUGUAGAUGUAUGCAUGCAAUAUUAAUUUAUUAAAGUUUUGAAAUUAUAGUAUGGAGGCACAAGGAGGCUCUUUCUUCUGCAUUCCCUAGUGCCUUACAUCUUUCUUUUGCUACUCUUUUAAAAUCACUGUUCGUGAAAUUGAUUUGUAUAUUUUCGUUUGUAAUACUGAAUACAUUUUAGAAAGAGUUUUCAUCCAAAUCAUCCUCUGAUAUUCCAUGAGUAAAUGUCCGAGAUCGGUUUAGUACGGAAGACCGGACCGCCAAAGUCGAGGUCAGAUUGUCCUUGGAAAAGGUCAAGGAUCGAAGGCCAGACACUUUACAGCUCCGCGGCCAAGUGCGAGGCCAAGCAGACUUCUAAUAGCCAUCCGAGACCAAAUGCAGGAAUAAGGACACAUAAUCAUCUUCGAGGGUUACAACGCUGAGACCGUGCCAACGGUACAAAUCUCGGGAAAGAACUAUGAAUUAACCUGCAGGAGGGGUGGUCGGUGGAGCUAUACCGAUUGGGAGGAUGUUAACCACAUUUGCGCAAUUAUCACUUUAUAUGCGAAUUGGAUAGUUGUGAGGGAUGAACAGGUUUGCUCAUGCUGUAAAGUAAAUAAGCAUAACCAAAAAUUGACGAAAGCUCUCCAACGUUAGAGGUUGAGAACCUGGCGGGGGCAAACAAAAACAAAAAGGAAUUAUGUCAAAUUCUGAAUUAUCAGAAAUCUUCAAUCUUUCCCUCACUUUCCUCAAUCGAAGGGCUUAGAGGCCUAUUUAGAAAUAAAAUUUGAGCAAAGGGUCAUAUUCCUAAAGGGUUACAAAAGAAUACCAUACCAUAUAGGUUGGAGAAACUACUUCCUUGCCUGAGUGUGAUAAAUUAUUCAUUUUCGAACUGCCUUAUCGUUGCAAAGUUUGGGUUUCUUUUCAGCUACUUCACAAUGGUAAUCCUGACCCUCAGCCAUUUCUUUAUUAUUUAUAUUUUUCUAAAGAACAACUUCAUUUAAUCGUGUUUAUAACAAUGAUUUUAUCGUAAAUUAUAUCUUACUCUUGUCUGAAAUAAAAUUGAUCCUUGCUAUUAUUUGUUCAUCCAUUCUAGUUUGCAAUCGCAUAUAUUUUUUUCGUUCUUCUUAGAUA